AAAGGAACGCUGGUGUAAACAACUUUAAAACAAAACAAAAAGACAUCAAAAUCUUCCUCAUUACUACUGUUCAAAAGGAAAUUUCAACAAGAGCGUUAGUCAUGGAUUAUUCACUUAGUUUAAUGAGCUAUAUUUUAAUAAUUCACAUGAAAGAAAUAGCAUCAAACUCUACAUUUGAGACCCCAACAACAAGGGAACGGACAAUAGAUAUCACAACUGUGCCUGCUACAAUGACUAACUCAACGACUUACUCAACUGAUAAUUCAAUGGCUUAUUCAACUACAAAUUUAACAACUUAUUUGACGUCUUCUUCAACGGAAUAUCCAAAUGCAACAACACCUGAAGAUCCUGAUUACACUAUAGUAUAUAUUGCAAUGCCAGCAUCAAUCUUAGCCGUGGUAGAACUAGUGAUUUUAAUAUUUCUAAUAAUCAGAUGUUAUCGGGCAAUUGGUGCAAACAACGACCAUGUUAAACUGCAGGAGCAUGAUAAUGACGACGGUUUAGAAAACCAAUUAUUUGCAGUUGUUAACAGAACCUACACUGGUUUUGUUCCUAGAGAGCAGAGUACCACCAACGAUAAAUCACUCAGACCAACAUCACAAAAAAGAAGAAGUAAUGAGAAUGCCACAACUGAAACUAAGAUACUUCAACGACGAGAUCCAGGUUAUAUAGAUAUUGACAUAAAGAUCGAUAUGUCAACAGACGAAGAUGAGGUUUCUCAACGCACAAAAAGUAAUGAAAGGGAAUUCGUUAAUAAAGCGUAUUCGGAUGUUGAAGGAAAAUCGCACUUUUUGCCUUCGGCUGACCGCUCUACGUGCAGUGAUAUUCAGCAUACGUAUGACAAAAGCGCAUACAACAAAGACACAAAGCACGGCAACGCUAUACAAGUAAUAAAGAACAACACUGAUACUGAUGGUGAUGGUGAUACAGAAUAUGACCAUGCAGUUAACAGAAAUAGGAGAAGUUAUCAAACGUUUGAAAGCAAUAGAACGUAUUCCCGGUUAGGUAGCGUUGUGCCAAGACAGAAUCCGUUUUUACGACUCAUGGAAGAAGCAACCAGUAUUACUGAUAAACAGUACGAAGAUAUUAGAGUACCGGAAACUCAAAAAGCUCCGGUAGAGACUUCGAAUGAAAUUAAAGUAGAAACUGCAAGCAGAGAUCUAAAGUUAGCAGAAAACCAGAGUCCCACGAAAGAUGUAAACCGAAGUCGACAAUAUAACUACAGCAAAGUAAACACAAUAAGAAAAAGUGAGAAUGACUUACCAAAACCAAGCAAAGAACACGCUGGCAAGAGUAAAGAAGAAACAGAUACCAAAACAAUAAGCUUAAAUUCGGGGGAGCGUUGUGAGCACAAGUCUCAAAAUAGUGAAAAUUUGGAUUGCAGGAGUGGCUCCAAACACAGCAAUGUAAAGAAAGGAAGUAAAUGUACAAGCAAAGAACUUAUUGACAAAGCAGCCAAAAUGGCCGUACAAAAAGAGGUUGAAAAUACGCCGGACAGAAGUAAACCGGAUAGAAAAUAUGAAUAUUCACAAGUAAUAAAGAAAACAGGAAAUACAGAGAAUGUUGCUACGGUGGACAAACAAGAAUCUGGUCAUAAUCCCAAAAAUAAAAUGUCUUUUAUUGUCUCUGAAGACGACGGCUUUGACGGUCUAAAAAAGAACAAAAAACACGAGUAUAUUAAUAUCAAGAAACAAGACGCUACUUAAAGUUUUGCAACCGUACUGGUUGUACUCCUGUAUUAAAUCAUUUGUACCACAAACUUAUCAGUUUUUGAGAAAAUGACAGAAUUACUGAG